CCCCUCCGGCCCCGCCCCUUGCGCGCGGUGCUUGUCGGGAGGGAGGGGCGGAGAGGCCUCUUCCGGCUGGGGCUGGUGGCGGGCAGCGCGUGGCGCGGGCAAGAUGGCGGACGAGCCAGGUUCUGUUUCCAAGAAACACAAGAAGAAGAAAGAAAGAAAAUCUUUGCUAGCUGAAGAUGUUGCUGACAUUCAAUACUCAGAAGAAUUCUUUAUCAAGCCUGAAUCCAGAGUGGCUCAGCUGGACACAUCACAGUGGCCUCUGCUUCUCAAGAAUUUUGACAAGCUGAACCUAAGGACAGCGCACUACACACCCCUCCCCUCUGGCUGCAAUCCCUUGAAAAGAGAGAUUGCUGAGUAUGUGAGGACGGGCUUCAUCAACCUGGAUAAACCAUCCAAUCCUUCUUCCCAUGAGGUGGUGGCCUGGAUCCGUCGCAUCCUCCGUGUUGAGAAGACGGGACAUAGUGGCACAUUGGACCCCAAAGUGACAGGGUGCCUGAUUGUCUGCAUUGAGCGUGCAACACGGCUGGUCAAGUCUCAGCAAAGUGCAGGCAAAGAGUAUGUGGGAAUCAUACGGCUGCACAAUGCAAUAGAGAGUGAGGCUCAGCUUUCAAGGGCAAUAGAAACUCUGACAGGAGCCCUCUUUCAGCGACCCCCACUCAUUGCUGCAGUGAAGAGGCAGCUGAGAGUCCGAACCAUCUAUGAAAGCAAGCUGGUAGAAUAUGAUCCUGAAAGGCGGCUGGGUAUCUUCUGGGUGAGCUGUGAAGCCGGGACCUACAUUCGGACUCUCUGUGUGCACCUGGGUUUGCUGCUGGGGGUUGGAGGUCAGAUGCAGGAGCUCCGCCGAGUGCGCUCCGGGGUCAUGGGAGAGAAGGACCACAUGGUGACCAUGCACGAUGUGCUGGAUGCUCAGUGGCAAUACGACAACAACAAGGAUGAGAGUUAUCUCCGGAGAGUGAUCUUCCCCCUAGAGAAGCUGCUGACAUCCCACAAGCGGCUGGUGAUGAAAGAUAGUGCGGUGAAUGCCAUCUGCUACGGUGCAAAGAUCAUGCUGCCUGGCCUACUACGGUAUGAAGAUGGCAUUGAGGUCAAUCAGGAGAUUGUUGUGAUCACCACGAAAGGAGAGGCAAUCUGCACAGCCAUUGCCCUGAUGACGACUGCUGUCAUCUCCACGUGUGACCACGGAGUUGUGGCCAAGAUCAAGCGUGUGAUCAUGGAAAGAGACACCUACCCUCGCAAGUGGGGACUUGGCCCAAAGGCCUCUCAGAAGAAGAUGAUGAUCAAACAAGGCUUGUUGGACACCCAUGGCAAGCCCAACGAGAAAACUCCCCAGACCUGGAAGAAGGACUAUGUGGACUUCAGUAGGACUGCUGUCAAGAAAGAAGAAGCAGCUGCCGAAGUGGAGCCAGAGGGGGUGCUAAAGAGGAAGAGAGAGGCGGAGAGUGAUGGGGAACAGGGAGCAGCAGCCUCUUCUCCCCCAGCCUCUCCAGAGCUGCAGACAGAGAUCAAGAAAAAGAAGAAGAAGAAAAAGAAGAAGAUGGAGUCUGCCGAGAGCAGUGGCGAGCUGACAGAAAUGGCCAGUGACACAAGUGCAAAGAAGAAGAAGAAGAAAAAGAAGCAAAAAGAAAUGGAAGAAAGUUCAGAGUAAUCUGCUGAGCCCAUCGAGAGGAGGCAGCCUUGGACCUGUUUUGUGACAGGGGGGAGGCCUCAACAAAAACAUAGACUGGCUCAUCAUGCAGAGACAGGGUCCCAUGGCUGUGCAAAUGAAGUGUACCUUUUGGCUGUGUGGGAAGCCCCCUUAGUCCUGUUGUAAGGGCAGCUGGGGGAACUGAGGCAGCAGAAUUAUUCAGCAAUCUGACGGUUCCACACAAGGAGUUGCUGUAAGCUUGUGAGACUUCAGGGGGAGGUGAUGCUCUUGAACGUAGCACUGUUAAGUUGCCCUUCUUGCUCUGUGUUUCCCUCUGCUUGUAUGUCUGAGCAGUUGAAGCGAAUUGCCUGGUGAUGGGGGCAGCGGGCUCUUUGAUCUUGAAUGGGAUGGUCAGAAGUUUCAUUUAGCAACCACAAACAAAAAAACUGUUGCUUGCUUUGUUGUAACUCCCUAAUGGAUUAAGUUCAGACACUUCCCUCUCAGGGUACCCUUUUUGGCUUUUGUUUUUAGACAAAUAUUAUGUUAAAGCUCAUAUGCAGUUCUGGAGCUACGAAGGUCUCAUUUCCCUAAUCUGUUCUGCAUUUGGUCCCAGAUACCUUUACUUGUUGCAGUUGUCCAUCUGCAUCUUUCUAACCUGGUUUGAGCCAGUUGAAAAGGAAGCUUGUGCAUGAGUAAAGUUGGCGCAUCAACCAAAUUCUCAAAACAGAAUUAAAAGGACACUUGAGGCCCCUCCUCCAGCUCUUUUGCCUGGCUGAGUUGAGGACAAGGUGGUGAGUCUGUACUCCUCUUUGGUGCCCAUGUGGGCAUGUUGGGGGCCUUUUGCACAUUGCUGUGCAGCUGUCUUGGACCAGGGCAAUGUAGUGAAAUCCCCAAUUGUGUUGUCUCCCUCUCCAUUGCUAGGUAGAGUACCAAAGUUGGUUUUGACAGGAGGGUCUGUUCUCACUUUUUUAUAUAUUAAAAGAUUAUCAACUUUAUAA